AUGUUGAAAUACGAGGCUCACAUCAAUUUGGAGCUGGCGUCUACUCGCCGCGUGAUUAAGUACCUCUUCAAAUAUCUUAUGAAGGGAGGAUCUCUCCAGAACGUCACAGUUACUCCCUUCAGUAAGCAAGAUGAUGAGGUACAGCAUUACGUGACGAAGAGAAUGGUGGGUGCCAGUGACGCGUGCUGGCGUUUAUUAAACUUUCCAGUAUCAGAAUCUGAGCCGGCUGUUGAAUGUCUUCCCGUCCAUCUGGAGGGCAAGCAGUCCGUCCUGUUUAGACCUGGCCAACUGGCAGAGGCAGCCGCUAGGAACAGCUCCAAACUCACCAUCUACUUUGACCGGCCUCGUAUUUCACUGUUUGACGACCUGACUUAUCAGGGGUUCUAUGAAACGUUUGUGGUUCAUGUCAAGCGCCCAAAAACUGCGGAGAUAUACGAGCACCCCGAUGGCGUCCAUUUUAUCACUGCCUGA